CCAGAGGCAGUCUGGCUUUCAGACAUGUGAUACAGUUUUUACACUCAGCCCGGCUGCUCGGGAGCGUUUGUCUCAGUGCUCGCUGAGGAGGGACUCAGACAGAGCCGCUGCUCGGAGGCUGCCGCUCACUGGAAGAAUGCGAACGCUGAAAGGAGACAUUCCACUACAGUUAAUUAAGGAGCGCUCUGCACGCGCCCGUGGAUGCGAGGGGGGCAAAUGAAUUCAGUGUCAGCAGGAGGGGGGCUGCUCCUCAAGGUGAAGCCGUGAUAUUUCAAAAGGUGGAACUGAAAGAGCUUUAAAUUUAUUUCCAGACUCCGGCUUGGUGGGUUAUUUCUGAACCAGCGGGCUGUUGCCAUCAAAGUGUCGGAGGCAGUCAGAGGGGUUCCCUCCUCCAGCCACGUCCAGAGUUACUGGACGGGAUCCAAGUAGAAAUAUGGAUGGAUUUACGACUUUCUGUUGAGGUCCUUGCACACAGUUUGUUGGGUUGUUCAGCAGAUGUGUCCUGUCAUGUCCUGGCUGCUCUGCCUGUGCCUCUGGGUCAGUGUGACUGCCAUCCAGCUGUGUCAGGCCACUUUCUACCACACCAUCCAGCAGCAUCCGGGGACCAGGCCUGGACGGACCACAGUUCACAUGAUAGAGGGCGGCACCUGUGAAGUAAUCGCUGCUCACAGAUGCUGUAAUAAGAACCGUAUUGAGGAGCGGUCACAGACGGUGAAGUGUUCUUGUCUGCCAGGAAAAGUGGCGGGAACCACCAGAAACAGACCUUCAUGUGUCGACGCAUCCAUAGUAAUUGGGAGGUGGUGGUGUGAGAUGGAGCCCUGUCUGGAGGGGGAGGAAUGCAAAACGCUCCCUGACAACUCCGGCUGGAUGUGUUACGCCGGGAACAAGAUCAAAACCACGAGGAACACUCAGCCAUACCCUACAUCAACGUACUGACACCUGGAGAAGAGGACGCAAAGCCGAAACCUCAGACUCAAAGCACUGUCGUUGGACCAAUUAUCACAAGAGACAAUGAAGCUAUUGUUGCUUCAAGAAAUGCGAACACUUUCACAUCAAAGUGUAAAAAAAAGAUGUAGAAUACAUAAAGCACAUCCUGCUUGAGGCUCCCAAAAACACCGACGCUCUGAGGAGCCUGCAAGGAACUUCAUCGUAACCUUGUGAUGAAUCUAUUUUCAUCUUUUGUUUUUUCCUCCUGACUUUGAGACGGAGUUUGGCUGUUCCGGCAUUUGGAUUAAUGUUGGAGAGCAGCUGAUUGGUGAGUGACGGAUGUGCCGCACAACGCCAAACGGCAGAGGAACUUCUCAAAGGGAGAGGAGCAGAAGCUGACAGCACUCAGGAUUUGUUAUUUUCUGAUUGUUUUUCUUUUUAAUAAUGUUGGAUGUAAAAUAUUGUGCAUAAAUUGUCUUUUUCAGUGUUCAUGAAAACUUUAUUUGUGCUGUUCCCCGUUUUCUGACAGACAAACCCAACAUGGCCAAAGGUUGAUGAAAUCACGCAAGGAAGAUGUUUUCUCUAUAUGUGAAAAAAUAACGUGCGUGCGUGUGCAUGCGUGCGUGCGUGCGUGCGUGUGUGUAGAUCAUUCUACUACAUGUUUAUAGGGUUCCUGUUUGACUCUGAUUCCUUCUUGCUUCACACUCGGUGACACUCAUGCCGCCAUGGAAGGGAUGCGUUUUCCAGAAAUGUGAAAUCCGUGGGUUAUUUUCGAUACUUGAAAUGCCUUAUUUAUGUUAAAUCAUUCAAAGGGAUGAUUCUGUACAUACAAAGCCAUUCACUGAUAUGUGCUGGAAUCCAUUAAAGUCUCAUUUUUCCUGUA